CGGACCGCCACAUUCCGAAGACUAACUCACUCUUGGCCGUUGCUCCCAGCUUAGGAGACGAACAUCAUACAUGAUUCUCUGGGCUUUCUAUGAGACUCUUUCCCUUGCGCUGGACAUCGUGAGUCAUCCGUCCACUUCGAUUUGUGCACUCGGUGCACCAUACUUGUGUUGGCGAUUUGUAUCGUCAAUGUGCUGGGUUCGAUAUUCCUUCGUGUCUCCGGAGGUCCUGGACCUGCGGAAGCGGAAGCAGCAUUCAGGGCAGCGAACCUGACGCCGGCCGUCAUACCCAUCUUCGAUCCUGUCGUAUCUUUGGGCGUUGAUUACACCAUCAAAGGAACCGUGAAACGAGCAGUACUUGGUACUAAUUUCACUAUGCCGGAGACUCCAACUAGACCCACUUGAUCGAUAGAGGGAGCUACGUCUAUAGAGCCACACGAGACGUUCGUUAUUGCGAUGGUUGAUCCCGAUGCACCGACGCCACAAGAGCCAACCAAUGCCCAGAUUCGACAUUUCGUCGGCGGAGGCUUCAUAUUGGCCGGUCAACCUUCGAAAGCAGGAACACCACUGGUCAAUAUUACCCCAGCACUUUCGGAGUACCGCCAGCCUUCGCCUCCGAACACGUCCGACCCACAUAUCAAUACAUUCUUACUCUUCAAGCAACCACCAAACUUCCCUCAAAGCCUUGCAGCUGCCAAUCUAACGUCCGACGUCACGCUUUUCAAUAUCACUGCUUUUGCGGAGAAGCUUGGUCUAGAAAUCCCCUAGCAGGAAACUUCUUGAUCGUCAGUACCAAUCCAAAUGCAACCAUC